AUGGAUAACUGGAAAUCGUUGCCGAUUGAUAAAUAUGAUGGUACAUCGGAUCCUGACGAACAUCUCGAUGUUUUUCUUACGCAGGUGACAUUAAGCACCACGGACGAUGCUGCUCUGUGCCGGAUUUUUCCCACAUCGUUAAAAGGCCGAGCCUUGAGCUGUCUUCGGCAUGAUAAGAAGGAGGCUCUUCGGGCUUUCAUGGACCGUUUUAACAAAACCGCUUUAGAAAUUCGAGAUCUUAAUCCCGUAGUGGCGCUCCAUUAUCUGACCACAACUUUGAAGCCAGGGCCAUUCGUCAAUAGCCUUUGCAAAAAGCCCCCUUCAGAUAUGAAUGAACUUCAAAGACGAGUUGAUAAAUAUAUGCAGAUGGAGGAGUUGGCUGAGUUCCGCAAUCAAGCCCGAGUUGAACCAUCGGGAAAGCCCGAAAAGCAAGUAGAACCAUCAUAUCGGGGGCGAGUACUCGAACAAGCCCUGGCAUCGGAGGUACUGGCCGUUCCAAAAAGGGCUUCCACGCCACCGCACGCUGAUACUAGCAAAUCUUGUCGGUAUCACCACAAUCGGGGGCACUCCACCGAGGAGUGCGCGGCUCUCAGAGACAAAAUUGAAGAUUUGAUCAAGCAAGGCCAGCUUCAUAAUUUUGUUGAUCGACCCGAUUUGCACCGGUCUCGCCAAUAUCAACCUAGACACGACCGACCUCGACAAGACCGUACUGAUAGACCUCGUCGUGAGCGAAGCAGAUCACGUGAGAAAAAGGAUGAGCCUACAGCUUCCCACAGGCGAGUCAUCAACACUAUCGCAGGGGGUUUUGCUGGUGGAGGUUCAACUUCUUCGGCACAAAAGAGGCAUUUGUGCGCCGUCCAUUCGGUCAAUGCGGUCGAUAGAUAA